UACGCGCGCCGCCGUCGAGUGGGGCGCAUGGAACAUUGACACCGCACUAGCAGCAGUUCAAUGUUGUAUGCCUACGGCCAUAAUGGGACUGUCUGACGGCACAACCGAAGCGAACGGCGGCUGUAGCGGCAGCGUCGACGACAUCAACGCGUGCUGCUGAUCGACGAGUGCGUGUUUGUGUGUGUAUGUGUUUUGUUUUGCUAUUUCGUUGUUUGCUGGCGGUCGUUGUGUGGCUCAGAAAAUAUUAAUUUAUACAGCGGCAAGCAAUAAAAUCAGAUAUCAUCCGGUGUAGUUGUCGUUAAUAUCUGGGGAGCGCGCGCGCACACGCAACGCAAAUCAAAAACUGUUAACGGUGUCAUUGAUGGGAAGUGGUCAUUGUCAACCCGGGCAUCCGGAAAUCAGCCAAACUGGAACUGAUGGAAUUGGAAAACAUUGUGGCGAAUACCGUCUACCUCAAAGCGAGAGAAGGUGGAACAGAUAGCAAUAAAGGAAAAAGCAAAAAAUGGAAAAAGAUCCUACAAUUUCCUCAUAUUUCUCAGUGUGUUGAUUUAAAACCACUGAUUGAUAUGAGGUAUAGUUAUAUAAUAGAUCAACAACCAAUUGGUCGAUUAUUAUUUUUACAAUUCUGUGAAGAAGAACGUCAAGAAUUUCAUCGUUACAAUGUUUUUCUGGAUUCCAUAGAAAAAUAUGAAGUAGAAUCUGAUGAAAAUAGAUCAGGACUAGCUAAAGUUCUUUAUGACAAAUAUAUUAGAAGAGAUGCAAUAGAAGCAGUUGAUGUUUUAAAUGAAGACAUGAUUGUAAGAUGUCUAGAACAGUUAGAGUCUGCUCAUAGAGAGUUAUUUACUGAUUGCUCAACAGCUGUGAAAUCAUUUCUAGCUGGCCGUCCAUUUAGCUUGUUUGAGUCUUCUAUGUAUUUUCACAGGUUCCUUCAAUGGAAAUGGCUAGAAAGACAACCAGUGACUUACAAAACAUUCCGUAUGUAUAGAGUGUUAGGUAAAGGUGGUUUUGGAGAAGUUUGUGCUUGCCAAGUAAGAGCAACUGGAAAAAUGUAUGCUUGUAAAAAAUUGGAAAAAAAACGUAUUAAAAAACGAAAAGGUGAAGCAAUGGUGUUAAUUGAGAAGCAAAUUUUACAAAAAAUAAACUCUAAAUUUGUGGUUAGUCUAGCCUAUGCAUAUGAAACCAAAGAUUCAUUGUGUUUAGUAUUAACAAUAAUGAAUGGUGGAGACUUGAAGUUUCAUAUAUACAAUAUGGGUUCUGAACCAGGAUUUGAUAUAGCUAGAGCUCGUUUUUAUGCUGCUGAAGUGUUAUGUGGGUUAGAACAUUUACAUGUUCAAGGGAUUGUAUAUAGAGAUUGCAAACCAGAAAAUAUUCUAUUGGAUGAUGCUGGUCAUGUACGUAUAUCUGAUCUUGGCUUAGCAAUGGAAAUACCUGAAGGAGAAUCAGUCAGAGGAAGAGUAGGAACUGUUGGAUAUAUGGCACCUGAAGUUAUAGAUAAUGAAAAAUAUACUUAUAGUACGGAUUGGUUCAGUUUUGGGUGUUUGGUAUAUGAAAUGAUUGAAGGUCAAGCACCAUUUAGAGCCAGAAAAGAAAAGGUUAAACGAGAGGUUGUUGAUAGAAGAGUAAAAGAAGAACAAGAAAAGUACUCCUCAAAAUUUACAGAAGAAGCCAAAUUGCUGUGUAAACAACUGUUGAAGAAAUCUCCAAAAUCACGACUUGGUUGUCAUUGUGGUCGUUAUGGUGCUAGAGAAGUAAAACAACAUGAGUUCUUUAAGACUACAAAUUGGAAGAGACUUGAGGCUGGUUUAGAAGAUCCUCCAUUUAUUCCAGAUCCCCAUGCUGUGUAUGCCAAAGAUGUAUUGGAUAUUGAACAAUUUUCAACUGUAAAAGGUGUCAAUCUAGAUGCUACAGAUGAUACAUUUUAUACCAAAUUUAAUACUGGUUCAGUGUCUAUUCCAUGGCAAAAUGAAAUGAUAGAAACUGGAUGUUAUAAGGAACUUAAUAUAUUUGGGCCUGAUAAAACACGAUCAUCAGAUUUAAUUUUAGAUUUACUGCCUGAACCUGAAAAGACUGGAUGCUUUCCAUUUAGAAGAAGAAAAACACAGUCAGCAAGGUCUAAACCAGUUCCUAUUAAGGAUCAAUGUUUUUUAAAUAAACAAAAUAAAAUUGCUGACGAAGUCCAAAGUUGAUGGAACAUUACUUAGGUAGAUUUCAGUUUAUUUAAUACAUUCUUACUGCUCUUUGGAAUAAUCUCCAAUUUUCCUCGCAUCCAUUAAUUGACAAAAAUUUGUUUAUUUCUAUAUGAUUAAUUAUUUUUUAUUUUAUGUAUAAAAAAUUAUCAAUUUUUUAUUUUAUACUUUUUUAAAAUAAAAUAGGUCUAACAAAUUUAAAUGAAAAAUAUCUCCAUAAUGUACCAUUAAUAUUACUUAUAAAAUUAAUUUAAUAAGCAUAAAAAGAAUUUAUAAUGAUUUUACCUUUAUUAUUAUUCCAUUAAUACAUUUAUAUACCAAACUUGAAAGCCUUUAUAAAAGUGAACUUAUUAAAGUAGACAAAACAGUGUUAAGGAUAUUAGAUCCUAUGCAUUCUUUAAUUUAACAAUAUUUUAUAUAACUUUUAUGUUAUGAACUUAAAUUAAAUUGAGAGAUUGUCCUAUUUGAGAUUGAUGUUUAUGACAAAUAUUUUUUUCGUGACCUCAGUAUGAAUUGUAUGUCACAUGAAGUCUUUGACAUAACUACUUUGGCUGUUGAUAAAGUGAUAUUGUUAAGUAAUUUUAUUUUUAAGUUUUGGUUAACUAUAAUUAUAAAUAUUGUUUGUUUUAUCCUAAGUAUAAUUGCACAAUAUUAUUGCCAUCCUCCCUCUAAAAUGUUAACCUUCUUAGA